AUGGAGGAGGCCGAGGAGAUGCAGGUGGAGCGGGUGCACGAGGACGCGGAGCACGGGGGCGCCGACGCCGACAAGCUCAACUACGAGAUUUUCUCCAUCCUCGAGAGCAAGUUCCUCUUCGGCUACACCGACCCGCACCAGCUCUGGCUGCCCAAGCCGCCGCCGCCACCGCCGGCGCAGGCGUCGCAGGCGGCCAUGGCGGCCACGGGGAAGGCGGCGCAGCGCGGGAAGGUGUGCGUGCUCUGCGUUGAUGGCGGCGGCGGCGGGCUCAGGGCGCUGCUCGCCGGCCGCGCGCUCGCGCACCUCGAGGCCGCGCUCCAGCGCGCCUCCGGGAGCCCCGACGCGCGCGUCGCCGACUUCUUCGACCUCGCCGCCGGCACGGGCGCGGGCGGCGUCUUCGCCGCGAUGCUCUUCUCCACGCACUCGCGCGGCGCCCCGCUGUUCCGCGCCGAGGACACCUGGCGCCUUGUGGCGGACCACGCGCCCAGGCUCUUCCGCAGGCCCGCUGGCUCCACCUCCCUCUUCUGCCGCGCCAAGAAGCGCCCGCUCGCCGCGCCCACGGCGGCGCUCAGCGUCGCCAUGAAGGCCGCGUUCGGCGAGGAGCUCACCCUGCGGGACACCAUCAAGCCCGUGCUCAUCUCCUGCUAUGACCUCAGGUCGUCCGCGCCGCUGCUGUUCUCGCGCGCCGACGCCCUGGAGAGCGGGAGCUACGACUUCCGCCUCUCCGACGUCGGCCGCGCGGCCUGGUCGGAGCCCGGCCGCUUCGAGCCGGCCGAGGUGGCGUCGGUGGACGGCGUGACCUCCUGCGCCGCGGUGGACGGCGGGCCGACCAUGGGCAGCCCGGCCGCCGCGGCCAUCACGCACGUGCUGCACAACAAGCACGAGUUCCCGUUCGUGCGCGGCGUCGAGGACCUCCUCGUGCUCUCCAUCGGCGGCUGCUCCGGCGCGGGCGGCUCCGGGGCCACCGCGGACGCCGACAUCACGCGCAUGCGCCGGUGGGGCCCCAAGGAGUGGGCCCGCCCCAUCGCCCGCAUCGCGGCCGAUGGCGCCGCCGACCUGGUGGACCACGCCGUUGCACGCGCCUUCGGGCAAUGCCACUCGUCCAAUUACCUGCGCAUUCAGGUGAGCAAGCAUAGCAAAUUCUCGGCCCGCCCGCCAUUUAUGGCAUGUUGCACGGCCGUUUCCUUGGAUGUUAAUUAACUCUGGCGUGAUCAGGCGAAGCGGGAGAGCAUGCCGCCGUGCGGGCCGGACGGGGAGUACGACCCGACGCAGGCGAACGUGCAGGCGCUGCUCGCGGCGGCGGACGAGGCGAUGAAGCAGCGCAACGUGGAGUCGGUGCUCUUCGAGGGGAGGCGGAUCGGGGAGCAGACCAACGCGGAGAAGCUGGAGUGGUUCGCCGCCGAGCUCGUCGCUGAGCACCGCGGCAGGGGCUCCCGGAUCGCGCCCACCGUCGCGUUCAAGCAGGCGCCGGCGCUGGGCUGA